CGUGCCAGUCGCUAUGGGAACAGAGUUCAUCGGGCGUGGGCGGGGUCUUCCAGCACGCCGCGUCCUGUGAGGGGCCCGAACGGCCCCUCCGGCCUGCGUCUCCCGAGCUGGCGGGUGGGAGAGAGGGGCGCCCCUAAUGCCGCCGCGCAAGGGGUUCGUCUGUGUUGUGGAGCUGCACAUCCGCGCGGUAACAUGCCCAGGUGUAACAUUGAAAGCCAGAGAUGACCUCUACAUCAGUGCCUGUAUUUUAGGACAAUAUAAGAAGACUUCGUGUGUCCGUGCAAUAUUACCUCUUGUAUUUGAUGAGAAACUAAUAUUUGAAAAGGCGUAUACUGAUGUAGUUGACCCAGCAGACCUUGUUGAACUUUUUGAACUUGAUACAGCAGUGCUUGAAUUAAUACAAACUGCUCCUCCAGUGGGAGAAAUUCUAGCUGCAUAUGAAGAAAAUACAAGAGAUUUCCUUUUUCCUGCUCCUAAGUUUGUCCAUGGUCACCGAGGGCCAGUUCGUGAGGUUUUAAUGCAGAAGAUCUGUGGUUUUACAGGAAUUGCACCAAAAUUGAAGUUUAACACAACUUGUCUUAUUUCUGAAAGCCUGUUAAGUUCAGAAAAAGCUCAAAAGCAGGACAACUUAGAUUGCCAGCAUCAUUCAACUGCAGAUAGAACACCACAGACGAAGUGGCCAAGAAAGAUCACUUCCUCACCUGAAAGAGACAGGCACUGCUUAGCAACGAAACACUACGAACAGCCCACAAUAGCUUCUCUUUCCCGAUCUCCAUCUCCUUACACAAAAAGGCGAAUGUGCCAGCUCCGCCAAGUCAGGCAGCGCCUUGCCCAUUUAGACCUAGGGCCUUUUGAUUUCAGAAAAGAAACAGAUAGACCACCAUUUGUAAUUCGACAUCCUGAACAGAUGCCUCCCUCACCUGAUGUUCGUACUUGGUGUCGCCCACAGGAGAAUAUGAAAGAUCCUACCCUUCUUGGCAGUUACAGACCAAAGAAUACCAAAAUUACUGGGUCACCUUAUAAGAAAAACUUUGAUGGUUUUUCUGGCAGCUGUGAUGAACACUUGAUCUCAAAUAUAGCUGCUGGGCAGUUUCAUUCAACUCGUUUGCUCAUGCAUUCGGCACCCCCAUCAUUGGAGAAGUAUUAUUCAACUCCUGUGUUAAACCGCUCAUCUCUUAGAGAAAGGUUUCAUUCUAGCUGGAACACAUCAGCAAAUGGAGAAGAGAUCCAUAAACGCGUGAAAAAUAUUUUAAGGACACACAGUGCAAGGCAACGGCUAACAUUUGAUGAAAGUUGUUUUUCAAAAGCAGAGUCUGCUAAGACAAGAGAUUCCACUAAGAUAGCAGAUUCCAUUAAGAAAAAAGAUGGCUCAUGUAUAGAAUCUUUAAGCAACAGUGAACUUCAGAGCUGUUCAUCCAUACGGCAGAACAUCAUGGUUCAUCUGGAUAAUGAUGACUAUUGGACCAGUCAAGCUGCUGAAUAUAAAAACAAACCCCACAGAGCAAUCUUUGAAGACAGCCUGGAGAAAAUCUAUCGGAACAUGUACCGAAAAGCUUCUGGUUCCAUUACAAAGGAUAAAUAAAUACCUGGUAGUUACACAGGCACUCCCACCUUCACUCACACCAACAGUGAAUUCAGGAGGAGUUUGAUGAAGACUAACAGAGAUGUGGGAUAUUUUUAGAGAAGUUAUUCCCUGGCUUGCUUGAGAAUACCUUAGUGGAAGAGCACACUUUUUGCAUGCAGAAGACCCCAGGUUCAGGCCUUGGUAUCUCAAGAUAAACUCUUGCCUGAAACCCUGAUGAUCCAGUGUCAGCAGUACUGGACUAGUUGGACUCUUGGUCUGGCCGCGUCUUACGCUUCUAAUUGCAUCUGAGUUCAGCAGGUAUCUUCAUUAUAGGAUUUCCGCCUAAGAACCAUAUGAUGUAGCAUGUUAGCUACUAGGGUUUGUUGUGAUAUAAGUAAAGGUGUUAGGGGAGGUAUGUUCCACUCCCAGGACUCAAAGACCCUUGUAUUUUUAUGUGUUUACUGCAACAAAAUGAGCUGGAAUGCCAUGGAGUGUUCUGUUUCUUAAACUUGUGGCCCUCCUGAUAGUUUAGCUGACAACUCCCAUGAUGCCUCACUUGCUUAUUCUGGCUAGAGCUGAUAGGAGUUCUGGGUUAAAAUACUUCAAAAGCCUACCUCUGAAAAUGUGUUUUGGGUUCUCAUUGUGUUCCAGGAUUGGCAGCUGCCCCUCUUCCUUCCUUGUGGCAUCAGAGUGCUUCUGCAAAACAUCAUUGCACUGUAGCUGAACCAGGGUCAAUAACACAAAAAGCUGCAGAAGUUCUGGGCUGAGUUCAUUACAUUCAGUGCCCUGCAGCUCACUCAUUAACUGUACUGCUGAGGAUCAGACUUUUCAUUCCACAGUUUUCUAGUAUAAUGUGAUCUAUUAUCAUGUUAAUAUCUAUUUCAAAUGUAAAAUGCUGGCAAAUAUAGGCAAAUAUAUCAUUACUCAUAUAUCAUUCCCAAGCCAUUCUGUCUUUCUGUUGAUUGGCAGACAACUUGUGCACAGGCAGACUGUGUUUCCACCUUGACUGCAGUACGUGAUAAGUAACAUCGUCAGGCAAUGGACCAAUGUAGUAAUAAACAGUCAUUAUUUAGUGCACCUUGCCUUCUAAUGCAAUUUAACUCCCUUUUAUCAAAUGCAAAUUUCUGAGAUUCCAAGUAGAGUUUCAAAUAACAUGUUUCCAUACUUAUUCCUUAUCUUUUGCCAUUCACAAAGUGUGUCAGUGGCACGGGAUGGCAUAAUUCCACUAGCAUUAUUUUGCAUCUUAAAGAGAGCUGCCUGUUCCAGUACCGAAAAGAAAAAGAAAGAAAGGGAAAAAAGGAAAAGGGGGGAGGGGAAGGAGAACUGGAAUUUAGUGGACAAGACCUUUCUUUCCAAAAUAAUGUUGCAGCAUACGCGAAUUCGUGCAAGACAUUGUAUUUUGUUCUGUAAACAGCAUAAAAAUGUAAUCAGCAUAUGUCAGGCCUGGGCAAAAGAAUUUAUGAGCUGCAGGCUGCUGAGAAGUGUUGACAGUGUGCCCCAUGUGCUCAGAAAUCAAAAGGCAUAUAAAAGGAACCUCAAAUACUUUGUGGAUUUAAGUAUCUGAAAGCCUAUUUGGCUUUCAGUGCUAAAUGGGUUGAUCACUUUAAAUGCUGUUUUUAUGCAAGUGUUACUGAAAAUAGAUGUAACAGCAUUUUAAAGCAUAGAUUAUUGUGGAGCACUCAUAGUUGAUCAUCCUACACUUGUUUCCAAAUGAUGAGGGUAAGUACCCAGAAGGGUGCAAAAGUGGUAAAAUGGCAACAAUUUGUAUGAACAGUUUGUCCUAAGUUACCACAUGCCAUGUGACUGGCUGAAUGUAGGUUGUGAAUUCCUCCUGCAAAAGCUUCAACAAUGAGCCAGUGUUCAGGCACUAGAUGUACACCAGUAUAUUCCAGGUAUGAUCUGAACUACUGCUAGUUCAACCAAUAGUUAUCCAACCAAGACAAUACAAAUUUCACUUGGAAGUUAUGAAUAGGGUAUAUAGUGCAGAACUUCAAGCCUUGAGGCCAAAUCUGGCCCUUCCCUGGAAGACCCCACCUCUUUCCCCCCACUGAUCAUUGGGUGGUUUCCUGGAUUUUUGUUCUCAUUUGAAAAGGUUGAAAUGUCUCUCUUUGGUUACUGGUCGCAAGAGCUGUAAGCCAAAAUAUGUAUUUUGGCCCCUCAUCUUUUUCCUUUGUCUCUACCCUUUUACAUUUUUGCCCUGAAAAUGUCUCAACCAGAAUUCUGCCUGUGGGCUGAAGGUUCUUUUCUCCCUCUUGUAGUGGAUCCAUCCUGAAGAUAGUUGUUAAGGAUGCCAAAGUACUGCAAAUAUGGUAUGGGGAUUUGGUUUAGGUUAUGACAUCUGUAUUACUGUCCAAAGAAUUAAAACACACAUUUAGAAUGGAAAUACUUCCUAUUCAUUACACUAAAUGAACCCAUUCCAGACAAAUGCGUCAGUUCCCUCCUUUGAAAGGAAUCAUGAUAUUGUAUUAGUCAAGUGGCUUCGUAAAUUAAUCAUAUUCUGCCACUUGGAACCGAUUGGCUGCAUUAGUUCAAUAUGGUUUCCUUCUUUUAUUCAUGUUUGAUAUUCUUUAUGGAUCUAGUACUUCGAAUGCCUUCUGUCUUUGUUUGGAGUUUCUUUAUCCUUCCUUUUUCCUUUGUGGGGGGUUGAGGCCAGGUCAAUGGGAGCAUUUGAGUGACGAGAAUUUUGAAGGUCAAAAGCCCAUCCUGGCUGUGUUUCAUUGUAGCCUUUUAACCUAUUUAACAGUAUUCUGACUCUUCGUGCUUUUACAGCCCUGUGGAUUAGAUUGGGAUUAAUCCCGCUUUACCACUCGGGGGUACAAGAAUCAAUGCUUGCAAACUUUUAAUAGCUUUUGUCUUGAAGUGAUCUUGUGUGUGUGCACGUGUGCACAUGUGCACUCGCGUGUGUGUUUAAAAAAACAAGAGCACCUAAAGAAAGACUUUACUGUAGCCUUCCCGGUUUGCUGGUUUUUAAUCAUGUAGCUGUCAAAAAAUAACCAGCCACUGUUCUUUGUGUGAUGGAGCCUAAUGUUAAGGCUGUCAGAGUCUGCUGGGAGAGAGACCAAGUGUAAUAUUGAUAGCUUUAGGGCUUGCUGUUUGUCCUCUUCUCAACUUCCACUGAUUUAGGGCUCAGUUGGUGUGACCAGGCGUUCUUGCACAUAUAAGCCAGUGAGAACUUUUAAAAUGCCUUUUUUGUGUGGUAGAUGACGCAGUAAUGCUUGCCUUUCAGUUUCUGAGCAAACCUAAUCUUCUUUCAACAGUCAAUCUGUUUUAUCAUGUACAAAAUUAUUGAUGAAUAAUCAAAUGUAUCAUAAAUAACGUUGCUGAAAUCUAGUUCCUUCCAAACCCCCAUAUAAGCUAUCUUUAUUGUGAGUCACUUCCACAGCUCUUCACCCACAUCAGUGAAUUAUUUUUGUUGGAAAUAUUAAAAGAAUUGUAUGACUCGGGAGGAUAGACAGCAAUCCUCACUGUGUUGUUGCACAGUCAACUAGGAAAAUCUCCUGCACAAGCCCCACAUGAAUGGCACAUGUGCAGUUGCCCUGUUAUUCUGCAGAAUGGGCUCACCAAGUAAAUAACUAGCAGUAAAAUAGCAGUAAAGUCUGCCAUUUUGCAGGUCCCAUCUAGUUUAAUGAUAUUUCUGCAGGAUAAUUUCUCUGCAUUGUACUAUUGCUUAUUUCCAUAGCCUUGUCUUAACAUUUUUUUCUUCUCAUAAAAAGUAGCCUGAAUCUCCUAGGAGGUGGGAGGAAAUUCAGUUUUAUUUAUCAUAGCUGGCACUAAGUGACUCUCCCCAACCCCCGAAAGCAGCAAAGAAUAAAUAGUAGGUCUUUUCAUGUAACAAGGUUUGAAAUCUGAUAAAUGUGUACCUCAGUAAUGUGAACUUGAUGCUUAUAUCCAUGCAAAAUAUAUGCCAUGAAUUACUGUAUUCUUACAAAAUAUUUACAUAAUUAUGUGAAAAGUUGUGUAUUUCCAAAUGUGUGGACAAUAUAUAUUAACCUUUAUACUAAAAGUCCUAGGGUUUUUUAUUUUUAUAUUUUCUUUAAAUCAAGAUCACCAGGUUAAGUUGCUUACCUUACUCCAUAAUACUGUAUCACAGUGCAAUUACUAGAAUUGGUGAUUACUGAAGAUAUACUAGCAAACAUUCUAAUGAUGGAGAAUUAAAAGGAAACAUAAUUUUGGAAAAACCCUGCAUUUCUGAAUAACACUCUGACCUACAAAAAACUAAUAUGGUGCUUCCCUAGCAAUUAUAAAUACAUUAGAUAGUUGAGAAGUUUUUCAGAGUUGCUUUGUGUUAUAAGCUUGAGAACAUUUUUAAUAAUGUUAAGUUGCAAAGCCUAUGGAGACUUCUUAAUGUAUUAGACAACAGGAACUUUUUCCUGAGCAUUGGCCUUCAAUUAAUACUCAUAAUGGAGACAAAGUGUGAGAUCGUCUCUUAAAGCCAAGUCAUUGAGCAUUUACCUAACAACCAUAAGAGGGAGAGCUUUGGGCUAUUCAUCACAAUAAAUGAGCCAAAGAUUCCCAAGGUCAUCUUCCAGUAGUUCUUUCAGUCUGAAAUACCUAAUCUACGUCUGAUCGUUUGUGUUUAAUUUACCCUAUUAGAUAAAGUGAAAUUUGGAAUGCACUGUCUGUUGUAUGCAGAGCAGAGCUGUAAUGUACAUUUUCGUUUAAAUGUGCAUGCAAAUACACAUGUGUACAUAUAUGAUCUUGGAAAUGCAGUCAUCUUUCCCUGAGGUGUGGUGUGCAUACAGCAGAUCCAUUGUUCUUCAACAAAAUAGGGGAAAUGGCUACUUCAGAUAAGGAAAUAAACAUGAAAACAAAUAUCAAA